AUGUUGAGCAAAGAUGACGUGGAAAACAAGAAUGUGUCCAUAGAUCAAUGUAUGUCAGGUAUAAAUAUAUCUAACAACUAUAUUUCUAACAACUAUAUUUCUAAAUUUGACCAGAAUAAAAUAACAAGUCCAUCAAAGCCCAAGGCUAGGCGUAUAAGGAAACUCCCAGUGAGAUCACGACAUGCAUUAUUUUAUAAUGUCUGCAUACAAAAGCAUGUUACCGACUUUACUGCCACUGGUUGCUAUUUACGCCACCGUGACCGUGAACCCAGUAGAAUACAGGUGAAAUGGUUAACUAGGAAGUUUGGAAAAAGUCGAUUGUUGAGAAAAUGCCUUAGACAUAACAUCAAAAGGUCUGUACCUAGAUCUUCUCAUCUUCAUUAUAUAGUAGAUAAUAUUAAGCAUUGUCAAGACACUAGGUUGAAGUGUAUUCCAGAUGUUUACUGCCCAGAGAAGUUUGAAAAGACAUGCCGGACAAAACGUUCAGCAAAAGAUGUAAAAUUUUAUAUUUGUGAAGGUAUUCUUGCAGAUAUAUUCUAUUUAUCAGGUUCGACUCAUGAUUUAUAUGCACAACAGGUGUUCAAAAAUGUCAACCACUUAAAGAAUGUCUGUCAGUCAGCAUUGUGUACAGAUAUUGAGACGAAUCCUGGACCUGUAUUUUAUAUUGAUCCCAGCAAGACAAUCCGUGCACCAUAUAGCCAAGGUAAUCAGAUCAUAUUUGGAGAAACAGCAGGACAGCAGUGUUUAGCAAUGUGUUUAUGUACUCUUAUAUACAACAAAAGACAGAACAUAUGCACACCACAAGACCUGGUUCAUAUAAUGAAUAUUGGUAAUGAACUCUAUUCAAACUUGUCACGUUUAGCAAGACAAUCAUUUUUGUUGUUUAAUGAAUUGCCUUCACAACUCACAGUUUUUGAGACAAAUUUUGCUUUUGAGUACAGUGAGAGCUAUAGCGGUAAUGUAAUUGGAGACUGUUCUAUUGAAGGGUAUCAGUACUGUGUUCCAUUUCACAGAUCGUUUGAAUUGCUCAUGGUCGAAAACUAUUGUGCAUUCAUCUUAACAAUUGACUCCAAUGCUGUUUGCAUAUAUUCCACCACUGAUGGCAAGUAUAAAAUUUUCGACUCUCAUUCAAGAGAUAUUUAUGGCAGAAGUAAUCCACAAGGUACAUGUGUGUUGUUAGAGGCGCCAACUAUUGACAAUGUAAUUCUGUAUUUCCAGUCUUUAUACAGUGAAAACAGUCAAUUUGAGCUAAGAGGAAUUAAUAUUGAAGAAGUACAAGCCAAUGUUGACCAGAACUUAGACAACAAUAUUACAAAUUCUGACCUAUCGGGUAAUACCACACAAGAAUCUGAAAGCACUGACAUUUCUUGUUUGUGUAGACAAUGCUGUGCGAUUUCGUUAUAUUCAAUUUGUUAUUCUGUUAUUAAGCCAUGUACUUACUGGGAUUCAAAUACAGUAUCUGCAGUUGUUUACUUUGGCACUACUUUGCAUAACAACACUGGGAUAUAUAUGUCUAGUGAUAUAUCUAAAAAAGUUGAAAUAUGUGGAACUGAAAUGCAUGUAAAAUUGCAAGCUAAUAUUCAAGGAGUAGUUAAUGACAUGGCAGAAAGCAAACCGAUUAUUGAAAGCCUUAUUUGUCAUACAAAUGGAAACACAGGUUUUUUAAUUUGGCUUGGAGAUUAUUGCAUGUCUUGCAUAUUUCAAAAAACAUCAAUUAAGAAUAUGUCGUACUCAAUAUUAGCAUAUGAUGAUGAUGAUAGCUCACCUACGUCUACUGUACAUUUUGUUAAAAACAUAAAAGACAAACACACUUUAGUUGAUGCUAUCUUUAACCUAGCAAACACCAAAAUCAAGGAUGAAAUUUUAAAUUAUGAAAUUCAAUUCUUGUGCUGUUCUUCUGAAUUGACUAACUGUGAAAGAAAAAGGAUUAUGAAAAAUCACAGACAGAACUAUAUUAAUGAAAUCACUGCACCAGCUAUAAAGAAACAGAAGCUAGAAACAAAGCAGAUGAAAUACAAAACGAUUAAUCCAUUAGUAAAACAACAAAUUAACUCUAAACGUGUAAAUGAUUACAAAAUUAUGGCUAAGGAGAAAAAACAAAAAAUAUUGGAAAAUAGAAGAACGAUAUAUGAAGUGUUAGAUAAAUCAAAGAAAGAGGACGUACUCAUUAAUAAUAUGAAUUAUAAAAAAACAAUGAGUAUAGAACAAAAGAAAAAAAUACUUGAGAAUAAAAGAGUUAAAUACGAAACUUUAGAUCAGUCAAAGAAAGAGGAAGUGCUGACUAAAAAUAUUAAUUAUAAAAAAACAAUGAGUAAAGAUCAAAAGCAAAAAAUACUCGAGAAUAAAAGAGUUAAAUACGAAACUUUAGAUCAGUCAAAGAAAGAGGAAGUACUGACUAAAAAUAUGAAUUAUAAGAAAACAAUGAGUGGAGAACAAAAGCAAGAAAUACUUGAGAAAAAAAGAGUUAAAUACGAAACUUUAGAUCAAUCAAAGAAAGAAGAAGUGCUGACUAAAAAUAUUAAUUAUAAAAAAACAAUGAGUAAAAAACAAAAGCAAAAAAUACUCGAGAAUAAAAGAGUUAAAUACGAAACUUUAGAUAAAUCAAAGAAAGAGAACGUGCUGACUAAAAAUAUGAAUUAUAAAAAAGAAAUGAGUGAAGAACAAAAGCAAAAAAUACUCGAGAGUAAAAGAGUUAAAUACGAAACUUUAGAUCAAUCAAAGAAAGAGAACGUGCUGACUAAAAAUAUGAAUUAUAAAAAAGAAAUGAGUGAAGAACAAAAACAGAAACUAUUAGAAAACAAAAAAGCAAAGUAUCAAGUAAUGGAUCCAGAACAAAAAAAUGAUUUGCUGAAUAGAAAGAAAGAAAAAAGGAUGGAAAAGAAAUCUCAAAUUCAUGACAUUGACAUGUACAUUGAUGAGUUUAAAAAACAAAUUAAAGCAGGUCCAUUUUACAUAUGCUGUGUGUGUAACCGAACAUUGUAUAAAAAGUCUGUAAUUACCCUACAGAAAAAUAAAUAUCCUCGCCAGGAUUGUUUUAUGCUUCAAUGUUCUUUUGAUGGCAAAGAGUAUGUCUGCAAAACGUGCCAUGCUAAGCUACUUAAAGGUCAACAGCCUUGUCAAGCUGUGGUAAACAAUUUAUUUGUUGAUGAAACCCCCACUGAACUUGCUGCAUUAGAGAAACUUGAACAAAUUCUUGUUGCCCAGAGAAUAGUCUUUGAAAAAAUUGUAAUAAUGCCAAAAGGACAACAAAGAAAAAUUAAAGGUGCAAUAUGUAAUGUACCAGUUGAAUGUAGUCAAACAUGCAAUGUUCUUCCCAGACCACCUGACAGAUCUGGGAUAAUUUUACUUAAAUUAAAAAGGAAACUUCAAUUUAGAGGUCAUGUUUACUUUCAAGCAGUUCGCCCUCAGUUUGUAAUUAGUGCAUUAAACUGGCUUGUAGCAAACAACACUUUAUAUAGAAACAUUGAAAUUCAAUGUGACAAUAUUAGCUCAGACUUAACUAAUCUGAACUCUCCUGAUACUGACCAAGAAAAUAUAGAUGAGCAAUUGCAAAGUAAUGUAAAUAGAGAACUGUGUAAUGAAGAUGUUGAAGAACAAGAUGAUCCAUUAAAUGAACACCGUUCAGCAGCAAGCGAAACCUGUCUUCAGUCCAUCUUGCCAAAUUAUCCUGUUAACAUGGACAAUACAAACUGUAAUUCAACAGGUAGAGAAGUUUUCAACAUUGCACCAGGUGAAGGUAAACACCCAGUAUCAUUGAUGACUGAUAAGCUUUGUGAGGAACUCUCAUUUCCAGUACUCUUUCCAAAGGGACGAUUUGGUUAUACCUCUGAACGAGACAUAAAAUUAUCUCCAAUAAAAUAUUUCAAUGCUCGCCUCUUGCAUUAUAGUGGGAAAUUUGCAACCAAUCCAGAGUAUCUAUUCUUUGCACAAUUCAUUAUGGAACAGAAAAAGAUUUCUGAUAGUAUUAAUAUAGCUCUUAAAAAAAUACAUGGCCAGUCAGUCACAGCAUCACAAGUAAAAUCAAACAGUCAAGCUUUUCAAAAUCUUCUUUUGCAAGAUCAAGCAUAUUUGUUUUUACGACAAAUUCCUGGCUCACCUCCUUACUGGCAAAAAUUCAUGUAUGAAGUGGUAGCAAUGAUUAAACAGCUGGGAAUACCAACAUGGUUCAUGACCUUAUCAUGUGCAGAUUUAAGAUGGCCUGAGCUAUUUCAGAUAAUUGCAAGAACAAAAGGCAACAACAUAACAACUGAAGAAGUAGAGGCCCUGUCGUAUCAUGAGCGAUGCUCAAUGUUAAAUUUAAAUCCAGUUAUUGUAGCUAAACAUUUCCAGUAUCGAGUCGAAACAUUUUUCAGGGACGUUUUGCUCACAAAUGCAAACCCAAUUGGUAAGAUAGUAUAUUAUGCACUCCGUAUCGAAUUUCAAAUGAGAGGUUCACCACAUUUGCACGCCUUAAUAUGGACAUCUGAUUGCCCAGAAUUAACGAGCGAUACAAAAGAUGCAUACAUAGAUUACAUUGACCAACAUGUACAAGCAUACCUCCCAGACAAAGAAACAGAUCCCCAACUUUAUGACUUGGUAAAAACAUACCAGACACAUAAUCACAGUAAAACCUGUAGAAAGUAUAAGAAUGUUACAUGUAGAUUUAACUUUGGACAGUUUUUUACUGACAGAACAAUUGUUGCUGAACCUUUGGCUGAAGAUAUGGAUGAUGACAUUAAAUCCAAUAUUCUAACCAGACGAAAGGAAAUUUUGUCUAAAGUUAAACAAAAAAUUGAUGAUGUGCUAAACCCAAGCAAACCUACUUAUGACCCACAUGCAACUCCAAUUAACAUUCUAAAUGAAAUAGAUAUUACAGAACAAGACUAUCAGUGGGCUUUAUCAAUAUCUCCAGAUUCUGACCAUGAAUUGCACCUGAAACGACCAAUAGACAGUUGUUUUACCAACAAUUACUUUAUUGCUGGGUUAAAAGGAUUUGCUGCAAAUGUUGACUUGCAACCAGUGUUUAAUCAUUAUAAGUGUAUUACAUACGUUUGUUCUUACUUUACAAAGGAUGAAACUGAAUGUUCUCAAGCCAUCAUAAAUGCAGCAAAAGAGGCCAAAGAAGCCAACUUAAAUGUAAGAGAUGGCCUAAGAAAAAUAGGUGCAGCUUUUCUCUCGACUCGUGAAGUCAGUGCUCAAGAAUGCGUUUACAGAUGUAUGCCUGAACUCUGGUUAAGAAAAAUAUUCCCGAAAACCCUCUUUGUUAGCACGGAUUUUGCUGAAAAUCGCAUUAGAUUUGCGAGGAAACAACAAGAACUUGAUGAGUUAGAUGAUGAUAGUACUGACAUUUUUAAGUCUAACAUUAUUGUCCGUUACAGCGACAGACCGAAAAACAUUCCUGUCGUUAAUGAUAUGUGUUUAGCUUUAUUUGCUGCUCACUAUUUCAAAGAUUACAAAAGUGAUUUUAACGAAGUAUCCGAUUCUCAACCUGAAGUGUUAAGCGAUGACUUCAUUGAAUCCCAAAAUAUCGAAAAUCAUAAUACUGGACUUCCCGAACGAAUAAAACUUGUAAACAGCAAAGAAAUUAUGAAGUGCAGAAAAAUUAAAGCUGUCAUUCGAUAUCACACUCCAAACAAAAGAAAAGAGCCUGAAAAAUAUUUUCACCACCUUCUCAUGUUGUAUUUUCCGUGGCGUAACGAGCAGGAACUCCUUGGCGAAGACCAAACAUACAUAUCUAAGUUUUAUGAGUCAGAUGUUCAAGAGGUAGUACAAUGCAACAAAGAAAUAUUUGAGCCAGAUGGUGAUGCUAUUAAUGAAGCACUAGAAAGUUUACGAAACUUUGAUGGCGUACCAACUCACUCCUAUGAUCCAAUAAAUGACCAGGAAAAUGAAGAUUUGCAACAAAGUUUACCUGACGAUUCUGAUGAAACAGAGUCUUUUAAUGAAUCGUUGCCACAACAUCUUGCAUCAAAUCCUGAAUCAGUUCAACCAUCUUCUGGAAUAAGUUCUUAUAAUUGUUUCGUCAAUUUAAAUGAGGCACACAAUAUCGUAAACAGUAUCGUAAUAAGGUUUCGAACCUACGAACAAAAUAUGAAUUUACAUAAAUAA